AUGGCGGAGGAAGUGCAAGCCGAUGUGAGAAUCCUCCUAGUUGGAGAACCUGGCGUUGGGAAGACGUCGCUGGUAAUGAGUCUCCUUGAAGAUGAAUGGGUAGAAAAUGUACCAGCUAAGUUAGACAGGGUGCUAAUUCCGGCUGAUGUCACUCCAGAGAACGUCACUACAUCCAUCGUUGAUUGUUCAUUAGGAAACGAAGGCGAAGCAUACAUCACUUCCGAACUAAAGCAGGCAAAUGUUGUUUGCAUCGUUUAUACGGUAUCUGAUGACAAUACGAUUAAACGGGUUACUGACAAAUGGCUUCCGUUAUUGCGUGACGUAUAUGGUCCUGAACAUGAGAUUCCUGUGAUUCUUGUUGGUAAUAAAUCAGACGGCUCCACGAAUCACACGGAUAAGGUAUUGCCAAUUAUGGAACGGUGGCCAGAAGUUGAGACUUGCGUGGAGUGUUCAGCAAAAACAAUGAAAAAUGUGAGCGAGAUAUUCUCUAUGCACAAAGCCGUUGUACCACCGGACCAACUUACAUCUGUGAUAGGGACAACGACGGUUACCUAA